CCGGAAAAUACUGGAAAGUUGGGGAUUUCCAAAAGUUUUUUUGUAGGUGUUUAUCGGCCUGUUCCCGAAGUCAUGAGCGACGGGAGAUUAACAAAUGGGUCGGUAGGACACCCUCCUAGACUAGGAAUGCAGGGUCACGCUCUGAGCUGGACGGAUGACCUCCCGGUGUGCUAUCUGUCGGGCGUUGGUUUCUCCACCAAUCAGAUUUACAGAGAUGAUGGCCACCGACGCGAAGAACAUGAGUUUGAAGACAAGAGCUUCCAUUUUAGACCGUUUGAUGGGUGUUUUCUGUACGGCAUGUUUGAUGGCCACAGUGGAAGCAAGGCUGCCAACUUUGCUGCUCAGCGUAUGCCAGCAGAGUUGUUGUUCGGACAGCUGAACAACAAAACAUCCGAUGAAGCCAUCUUGGAAGUUUUGCGCCAGGCCUUCCAUGCUGUGGAGAAGGGGUAUUUUGAAACCAUUGAUGACCUACUUGCUCAAAAGACCAACUGUCAGCUGGAGCUGCCCGAUGGCAUCACCCAUUACGAUGCCUUCACGAAGUACCCCGACAUUGUCAACAGGAUUCAGCAGUUGGAUCUGGAGAUAGCAGGGGGGACAACUGCGUCAGUCGUGCUCGCCUUCAAUGAGAAGCUGUAUGUGGCCAAUGUUGGUGAUUCGCGAGUCCUGCUGGUGGUGAAGGAGGACAACCGUGUUCGUGUCACGCAACUCACAUACGACCACACACUCAAUGAUGAAUCAGAGCAACGACGCCUCACCAGACUAGGUCUCGAUGUGGAACGACUCAAACAGCUGAGGAAGAUCGGAAACUCUGACAACACACGCUGUAUCGGUGACUACCAUGUGAAAGGUGGUUACAAGGACAUCGAUAUUCUAAGUCAUGCGAGAAGUGAGCCUGUGAUAGCAGAGCCCCAUCUUGAGGGAGGAGUGCCCCUGACUGACAACACCAGCUUUCUCAUCAUGAUGUCCGACGGGCUGUACCAGGCCUUGCAGGAUGCCACAGGCACGGAGAAGGUGAACGUGGAGAUCACCUACAUGGUUCUCCAGGAGUUCGGGAACCAGUCCACGCUGAAUGGGGUGGCACAGGCCGUCGUGGACAAAGUUGUCCGUAUACACCAUGACACAUACAUGACAGCACAAGGCUACAGGAAACAGAUUUGUCAAAAGAGAGAUGAUAUCACAUUGCUCGUACGAAACUUUCACCAACCUUUGGGCAAUGGAGUUGAAAGUCCGACUGCAGCAACACGAUUCAACCCAGUGCCUGUCUCUCUGCCCCCUUUCUUCAACAGCCCGUCCCCAACAGCCGUCCCCAGCCUCAACAUCCCCAGCCCCAUCAGUCCCUCCAACAGCAACUACUCCCACUCCAACCUCUCCGUGGGCAGCUACACCGAUUCCCAGCCCCUCACGCCCACCAACAACCCCGGCAGUCGGUACCUCUCCACGGAGACCACCAUGGGCACGAGAACCAGCACAGGUACCAGCACCAACUCCACCCAGAGCUCCGGCGAUGCACGGCCCUUCCAGCAGAGGUACCAGGCACCCAAGCUGGAGCUGGAUGAGAACGGCCGAGUGGAAGCUUAUGUGGAUUUCUCCGAGUUCUUCCGUGCUAUUGAGAGGCUCACAGGUGACCAGCAAGCAUCCUUUGAAGCAGAUGUCAACCCCAAGUCCAGCUAUGAUCCCAUCAGCGAGGAGUCUGAGACUGCAACAGGUCCCGAAGACUAGGAGGAUGUGAAUGAUGUGUGCAGAAAAUAGAACAGGGUUGUACAAAUAUAUAUUUUCAGGUAACCAUUAAGAUGAGUGCUACCAAAUAAUUACGGGUCCAGCAAAAAAUUUGCUGGACAGCUACUCAACAUAUAUUCUCAACCUCUAAUGGGGCAGUUUUUCUACAAAUUGUUUUCUUUAAUUUUUUAUGCAAAAAUCAUCCUCAAGUAGCUAGGGUAUUAUAUCUACAUUCUGUUAUGAUACCCUGGACUCAUUCACUCAUUAUUCAGAAAGCCAUGUAGCCAUGAAGAUCCGGGGUAGAAUAGGUCUUCUGCAUCCCAUGCUUGCCAUAAAAGGCGACAAUGCAUGUUGUAAUAGGCGAGUAAUGGGAUCGGAUGGUCAACAAUAACACAGUACAUAAUGUGUGCACCAUAACCAUAGUAAGGGCCGCAUUGGCUGAUGGACUUCAAGGUUUACCUCAGUGCUAGACAAAAGUACUACCAGCAGCAUAAUGAGUGUAGGGCUUCUGCAGCAGCCCCUUGCUGAAUUUGAAACAUGUACUUGAAGCAAGAACCAAUUUGAGCUAACACGUUCCGAACUAAAGUAUCCAGUUAUGGAGUGUCCAUUGUGGAGUGUCCGUUUUUUAGCCUCCACUGUGGAGUGUCCGUUACGGAGCAUCCAUUGUGGAGAGUCCUUUAUGGAGCGUCCAGUGUGAAGUGUCCACUGUGGAGUGUCCAGUGUGAAGUGUCCACUGUGGAGUGUCCAUUGUGGAGUGUCCAUUGUGAAGUGUCCACUGUGGAGUGUCCUUUAUGGAGUGUCCAUUGUGAAGUGUCCACUGUGGAGGGUCUAUCGUGGAGUGUCCGUUGUGGAGUGUCCACUGUGGAGUGUCCUUUAUGGAGUGUCCAUUGUGGAGUGUCCAUUGUGAAGUGUCCACUGUGGAGGGUCCAUCGUGGAGUGUCCGUUGUGGAGCGUCCACUGUGGAGCGUCCAUCGUGGAGUGUCCGUUGUGGAGUGUCCUUUAUGGAGUGUCCAUUGUGGAGUGUCCGUUGUGGAGUGUCCGUUGCGGAGACUCUAUUGUGGAAGUCCAUUGUGAAGUAACCGGACUCCCAUGAACUGCUGUAUGGUGGAUGAUUAGCAAGGUGUGUGUUGCUGUCACCCUAGAUCUAGAGAUUUUCCUGUGUGUUAAUGUGUGUAAAAUCUGCUGCUUUAGUAUGGUACUACAUUUAUAUACAUAAUGUCAGGUUAGCAACUGUAUGGGCAAUACUGUUUUUGUAUUGGUUUACAGAUCGGCCAAUGCUAAAUAAUGCUUUUGACCAAAUUUUAAGUAUUGACUCCCAAAAAAGUGUAUGUACAUCAUGUAAAAACAGUUAACUACAAGACUUGAUAAGAUUGACUUGAACAUGCUGCAUAUGGCAGUAUAUUCAGAUAACUCUUGAAAAACAGAAACAAAUGUCUCAUAUUCUAUUUUAUUCCCCACAGAAUAAUAUUCAUAAAACAUCUGUAAACCAAGACUUUAAAAACAUUUCUCCUUGAAUUGAUAAGGUGCAUGUGUGUAAGUUCUACCUGACUCUGUACCAAUAGCUAGAUUGGGAGAACACAUUUUAUCAUACCUCCAUGUCAGAAUGAUGAGAUCUGACUGGUCCACGUGAUCUUGAUAAAAUACUAUGUAUCCUGCCGUGGAGGGAAAUAAUUUCCUCAGAGGGUGAAUAAAUCGCUUAUACCCUACCAUGAGCAAAACGCCGCACGUGGGUUUCUGAGAGGCAGAGUAAAUCCCUUAUACCCUGCUUCGAAGCAAAAAGUCAAUGAAAGUUACGUGACAUAGCACAAGGUAACCUCCGCUCAAUCAAACAAAUGUUUGCUAUCAAUUUUGAAUUUGUUUUAAUUCUUUUAUAAUAUCAUGUUAAAACAUGUUGGUGAGUUGUAGCAGGAUCACUCGGGGUACAAGGGGUUUUAUGCGUCCAGCGUUAGGUUUUACUAUAGUAUGUAGUAUGUAAUGAAGAGUUGUCUAUGUCAAGAUAUGUGCCCCACUCACUGUAGUCUCAUUAAAUCAGGUGUUUUACUCCGAUAUAAUACCUCUGACAUGGCUUAGGUGAACAUUCUAAUGAGCCAAUCAGUGUCAAGGCUUCUGAAUUCCCGGUAUAUCUGAUUUCUGUAUCUUGAUAUUAAACUUAAACAGACAGUCCCAAAAGCAAAUAAUAAAGGCCACACCAUAAUAUUGUUUUGGAUAUUUUUGACACCCUAUUGUCUCUGACCAUCAUGGCAUCCACAACUCAAAAGAGAGUACCAUCAAAGGAAUAUUUGUGUUCUGUGUGGUUUUCAUUUGUUGAGAUCAAAUUUUCAAAUUGAGAUGGUUAAGAAAUGAAGCCAUAUCAUUUUAGAAAGAUGAGAUCUAAGUGGCUCAAUAGCCCAGGCAUCCUUCAUUUUGGGUGGUCAAAGUUCCCUUGGGGUUAUUGAAACAACCUUCUGUGGAGUUGCCCUCAAAUCUUCCCCUAGAAAGGUGUCCUAUGGGAGUAAAACAUGUGAUCUUAUUGAGAUUGCCCCUCCUGCCAUGGUCAGCUCUGUGGGGUGGGGGAGUACGCUAUGUGUUUGCUUGUCAGACCAAUACCCUGGUUUUAGUCCCCAAGUGGGGACAAUGUGUGAAGCCCAUUUUGGGUGUCCCUUCUGUGAUAGUGCUUACCACUGUUGAUGAUACAGGGAUCAUGUUAGAAUAUAGUGUAGAUAUGUAACUGGCAUAUUAAUUUGCUUGUACAUAGUGUCCAUAUGUGUUUCAUACAUGUAAAUAGUGUAAAUUAUAUGUAAAGUCUAUUCUCAAUAUCAUUACUUCAUAAGUGCAAUUUUUUAAUGGACACACUGUCAAGAAUGAGUUGCAUGAAAUUGUAGAGAGUCAGUUUGUUUUUUGUAAAACUUGUCACAUAUUUAAUCAAGCAUGUCAUUGAGAAUGUACACCAUUGAACCAUGA